GGAUUUCAUGCAGCGGCGCAACUAACCUGCUGCAACUGCGCUGUGACACCCCUGUCCCGGGGCCCCCACUUUAGCCUGUUGCUUCUCUGGUCGCUCCAGGUCGGUUUUUCCCGGCGACUCUAGUGUGGCUUCCAAACUUCUGGGCUCCGGGCUCACUUCGGAAUUUGCCCCCGCCUCCUAUUCGCUUCUCUCAGGCCCCAGGAAGUUGCAAGAGUCCCAUUUGUCGCACACUCGGGGACCGCGGGUGGCCGGCGGAGAUGAAACCCUCUUGGCUGCAAUGUCGUAAAGUCACCGGCGCCGGGGGGCUCGGAGGGACCUUGCCUGGGUCCUCUCCGGCCCGGGGAGCCGGUGCGGCCCUCAGGGCUUUAGUGGCCCCGGGCCCGCGGGGCGGUCUCGGAGGUCGGGGCUGCAGGGCGCUGUCCUCCGGCAGUGGCAGCGAGUACAAGACCCACUUCACAGCCUCGGUGACCGACCCCGAGAGGUUCUGGGGCAAAGCUGCAGAGCAGAUCAGCUGGUACAAGCCCUGGACCAAAACGCUGGAGAACAAACACUCGCCCUCUACCAGUUGGUUUGUGGAAGGAAUGCUUAACAUUUGUUACAAUGCCAUUGAUCGUCAUAUUGAAAACGGUAAAGGGGAUAAGAUUGCUAUCAUCUAUGACAGUCCUGUUACAAACACUAAAGCAACCUUUACCUAUAAAGAAGUUCUGGAGCAGGUCUCCAAGCUGGCUGGUGUCUUCGUCAAGCAUGACAUCAAGAAAGGUGACACUGUCGUUAUCUACAUGCCCAUGAUCCCACAGGCAAUGUAUGCCAUGCUGGCAUGUGCAAGGAUAGGUGCCAUCCACAGUCUCAUAUUUGGAGGAUUUGCUUCCAAAGAACUAAGCAGUCGCAUUGAUCAUGUAAAGCCCAAGGUGGUUGUUACAGCAUCAUUUGGCAUUGAACCUGGAAGGAGGGUAGAGUACGUACCACUUGUAGAAGAAGCGCUAAAAAUAGGACAACACAAACCAGAGAAAAUUCUCAUUUAUAAUCGUCCAAAUAUGGAGGCGGUUCCUUUGGCUCCAGGUCGUGACCUUGACUGGGAUGAAGAGAUGGCAAAAGCCCAAUCACAUGACUGUGUUCCUGUUCUUUCAGAACACCCACUGUACGUUCUUUACACAUCUGGCACAACGGGGUUACCUAAGGGUGUGGUUAGACCCACUGGGGGAUACGCUGUCAUGCUAAACUGGUCAAUGUCUUCCAUAUAUGGACUUCAACCUGGAGAGGUGUGGUGGGCAGCUUCUGACUUAGGCUGGGUUGUUGGACAUUCCUAUAUCUGCUAUGGACCUCUUCUCCAUGGGAACACAACAGUUUUAUAUGAGGGGAAGCCUGUGGGAACACCAGAUGCUGGCGCUUAUUUCCGUGUGCUUGCAGAGCAUGGAGUAGCUGCCUUGUUUACAGCACCAACUGCAAUUAGAGCAAUCCGUCAACAGGACCCUGGGGCAGCCUUGGGGAAGCAGUACUCUCUGACAAGGUUCAAAACAUUAUUUGUGGCUGGAGAACGAUGUGAUGUAGAGACCCUGGAAUGGUCCAAAAAUGUCUUCAGAGUACCUGUCUUAGACCAUUGGUGGCAAACUGAGACUGGAUCUCCAAUUACAGCGUCAUGUGUUGGAUUAGGCAAUUCUAAAACACCUCCACCAGGGCAAGCAGGAAAAAGUGUUCCAGGAUACAAUGUUAUGAUUUUGGAUGACAACAUGCAAAAACUGAAGGCUCGGUGUUUAGGAAAUAUUGUGGUAAAGUUGCCAUUGCCACCUGGGGCCUUUUCAGGACUCUGGAAGAAUCAGGAAGCAUUCAAGCAUUUAUACUUUGAAAAAUUUCCUGGAUAUUAUGAUACCAUGGAUGCUGGUUACAUGGAUGAAGAAGGCUAUGUGUAUGUUAUGUCUCGAAUGGACGAUGUAAUAAAUGUUGCAGGUCACAGAAUUUCUGCAGGUGCCAUUGAAGAGUCGAUCCUUUCCCAUGGUACCGUGGCAGACUGUGCUGUUGUUGGCAAGGAAGAUCCCUUAAAAGGUCAUGUCCCCUUAGCACUCUGUGUAUUGAGAAAAGAUAUAAAUGCAACAGAGGAACAAGUUUUAGAAGAAAUUGUGAAACAUGUGAGACAGAACAUUGGCCCUGUGGCUGCUUUUCGAAAUGCAGUGUUUGUCAAACAGCUACCCAAAACCAGAUCUGGCAAGAUCCCCCGAUCAGCUUUAUCUGCCAUUGUCAAUGGCAAGCCAUACAAGAUAACUUCUACAAUCGAAGACCCCAGCAUUUUUGGCCAUGUAGAAGAAAUGCUGAAACAAACAUAAUGAGUUUGUUUUAUUCCUAUUUUGAGUUGAUUUAAUUUCUUAAUUGAAAUUAAAUUAUUUGAGUUGUUUCUCAGAAAUAAAUAUUUCAGUAGAAAUUACUGCAAACUGAAACGCGAAUUAUAAAACUUGGCCUAAACAAAUCUAAUGAAAACUUGUGAAAGACCUGUGCCUUUUGGUUGAUUUGACCCUGUUAGCAUUGUUAUUAGUUAUCUAUAACAUGGCUCAUUAUACGUCAUCUACUGCUUUAGGAAAAAUGUAUCUAGUGUAUUAUUUUUAAAAUUGUACCUCCCAAGAAAAACACUUUAAUUGAAAGCAACACUAAUAUAGAGACACUUUCCGAAACCAAGAAUAUGUAGUUUUGAGCCAUAGUCUAAAACUUGAUUUGAAGUCAGAAAAUAAUUAAAAUUUUUCUAGUAGAAAUUUUAGAAAUUUUCUAGUAUUCUUUAGAUGCUCACAUUGUUUUAAAUAAAAUCUAUGAAAUGGGAAGUUUAGGUAAUCAUCUAGACAGAUGAAAUUAUUAUCUAGGUAGGAGGACUUUUCUUUCUACACAUUUUCUGAGGGAAAGCAGAACACCAGGGUUACGGCUAUACCUUCAGGUCUUUUGUUUCUUAGGCAAGGAAAACCACAUGUCUGACCUGGCACAGUGGUUCAGCUUGCAAUCCCAGCACUUUAGGAGGCUGAGGCAGGCGGAUCAUUUGAGGUCAGCAGUUUGAGACCAGCCUGGCCAACAUGGUGAAACCCUGUAACUACUGAAAAUACAAAAAUUAGUCAGGCGUGGUGGCAGGAGGCUGAGGCAAGGAGAAUCACCUGAACUCAAGUGGCGGAGGUUGCGGUGAGCCAACUUCCACCACUGAACUCCAGUCUGGGUGACAGAGUGAAACUCCAUCUCAAAACAUCAACAACAACAACAAUAACAACAAAAAACCACAUGCCUGGCAGAGAAUCAAGAGAUCAUUUAGUCUCUCAAUCUCUUCAUGGAGAUGAGGGCUCCUGGGAGCCCCUCCUCAUGUCUCAGGUUCUUAGUUAACUGUGUAUAUGCAAACGAUUCCAGAUUCCUGUGGAAACAAGGAAUCGAUGUACAAAUGGGGUAGGAUGGCAAGGAAACUCUUAAGAAAGAAACAUCAAGGUUUUUACAUUAGGUUAAAGACCAAGAAGGUUUCUAGGCAGGUAGUGUAAUGUCUAGAUGAUUUUGAAGUGAAUUUAAGCCACUAGGUUUGAGGGACAAAGGACAGUAGAAAAUGGUGAAGACUGCAGAUCACCUGCUCCACCUCAAGGAGCAGUGGACCCAGCAGAACACGGCCCAAAAAGGAGACAGGUCUCCUGCUGCAAGAGCCUCUGUUUUUUAAAGAGAAAACAAAGAAUCCUGAUUUUUCUGUGAUAGCUCUAAUUUUAAAAUAGUAAGUCAUUAAAAAAUUGUAAUGUCCAAAAGCAUCUUUCCAUUUAACUUCUAAAAUUCUCUUAAUUUUUAAAAAAUGAUUGUAAAGUGACUUUUUGUUAAGCUUGUAGGAAUGGGCCAGUUAACUAGAGUAGACAGAUGUAGGAAAUGAAAUAUUUGAUUUAUUUAGGGAUCUAUAUGACAUCAGUUAUCAAAGAAUACAUUUUAACCCAAAAGUAUACCAUGCUCAUUGUAUCUUUGAUUGUUCUUCAAGUAUUUCUCACUCUUUUAAUCUAUCAGGAACAUUACUAUCAAGAGCAGAUUGUUGUAACAUAAUACUCUGGGUACAUGAAAUGUAUGUGAGAGAUAAAUAGAUAAUAGAAGGCUUAUUGUUAUAAAAAUGACCUACAACUUAUAUAAAAAAAUUCUGAAAAUCUUAACUUUUUUUGGACUGAAGGCUGCAAAACAAAUGGCUUCUCAAAGUAAAUUCCUAUUUACUUAGAAAUUGCUUUCUUGAUUGUUACACCUGGAAAAAUACGUUCGUCUACUUUUUCCUUUUAAUUAUGUUAGUAGCCUGAAUUAAACCAGCUACAUAGACACUCUCUAAUUUGAAGCCGUUGGGAUCCUUGAAUCGCCUCUUUCAUUGGUACAUUUUAUCCAUUGUCAUAACUGUGGUCUUCAUUAAUAACUCAGUUUAAUGUCUUAGAAGUAGAAUAUGUUUCCUUAUUUUUUUCAAAUAAAAAUCAGUUAAUUUGAAAUGGCAAA